CGCCACAGGGGCCGCCCCCAACAUGGCUGCGCUGGCCAUGGCUGUUGUAGCGGCGGCCGUCGGGCCGCAACAGAAUGACAGCUGUUCCAGUACUGCAGGUGCUGGUCGACACACUCACAACUGGAAGAUGAAAGCUGAACAAGAUAAGAAAGUUGAAUCCAUAAGAACUGCAGAAAAGCUAAGAUCUCAGCUUGCAAAUACUGAAAAAGGCAAAAAUGGACAUCUUUACAAAAGGAAGAGCAGUAUCAGGGCAGAAUGCAGCAUACUAGAGGAACUGGAACAUAGCAUGACUGUCAGUAGGGAAGCUGAAAAAGUUAAGAUCCUGCAGCAGCUCUCAAAAAUACGAAAUAAUGUGAAGAAACUUCAGCAACAAUUACAAGAUGCGAAGCCUAUAGCAGAAGCUGUUGACAACCUCAAGGAAAUGAUGGAAGAAGUUGAAAAUGCAAUCAAUGCUUUUAAAGAAGAACACAGGCAAAUAUAUGAACAGCUUUUGAAGGAGGAAAAAUCUACCAUUAAUGAGCUCAGUGUCUUUGAGAGAAAAAUGGAACUGUGGGCGUUAGGCAACUCAAGAACAGAAAAAGUUUUGAAAUUACCAUCAGCCAGGGUCUCAGUUGAUAAAACACAGGAGGAUCAUCUACUUGAAGAAGUAGUGGAAUUUGGAAGAUUUCUUCAGCGAACAGGAGGGCAGCAGGGAGGCUGGGAUGAUUAUGAUCAUCAAAUUUUUCUGAAAGUGUGGACAAAACACAAAGGGAAGCUAUCUUAUAUGGAUGAAGCCCUUGAGUAUCUCAGUGGAAAAACAAAAGAAGAUAUUGAACAGCAUGACAAAUGGUAUCAAGAAUUUCUAACUUUACACAAAAGAAAGAAAGAGUCAAUUAGGAAGUGGAGAGAAAAACAGCAGCAAAGAAAAGAUGGAAACUUUAGGGAAAAAGAGAAAUCCGAGAAAAUGUUCAAGGAACUAUGGCUGCAGCACAAAGACACAAAGAACCAAAAAGAAGAAGAAAGAAAAAGACAGACAGCAGUAACUGAAGCAUUGAACAAAAAGAAAGCAAUAGCAUUUGCAAUGGAACAAGAAUCACAGCUCAGACUAGAAGAAGAGAAGGAGAGAAACCAACAAAAAGAACGCCAGCGCCGUAUGAAAUUGCUGUUGGAAAGGUAUACAUUGCAGAAGAAGGAAAAGGAGAGACUUGAAAAGCUUGAAAAAGAGAAGGGAGAAGAUGAAAAGGAGAAAAUGAAGAUAACUGAUGCAGAAAAAAUUACCAAGUUUCAAGAGCGUGAUCUCCAUAAGCUGGAACUAAGGAUUCUACAGAAACAAGCCAAAGAAUUACAGAAACUGGAAAAGGAAAAAAGGCUGGCAAAGUCAAGAGAGAAGGACGAGAUUCAGGUAACCAGAGACCCUUCCAGGUUGUACAAACCUACCAAGGGCUGGGAGGAAUGCACAAAAGAGAGAGCACCAACAGCUUCAGAAUGGCUUUUACAAAUCCCUCAUAGAGCUAUUCCAGCCUGGAGACAAGGAUUAUAGAUGAGCAGAUGCCUGUCCCUGUGCAGGAUGAGGACUUCCUUGCCUGGGAAACAGACAGCAGUUCUCAAGAGCUGUCACAAAAGUUGCUUAGCACGAUGGCGUCUAUUACCCCUGUCUUUUUCGAGGGUCGGAUUUGAAACACUAUCUGUUAGGCUGGCGGGGUUUGCGUGACGGCAUGUAUUUC